GGCUGAAAAAGCCCAAGGUGCUGCCGUUGCUAGUACAAGUCGGACUUGCCGUUGCCGGAGUCGCGUCUGCACCCGUCUCGGACCCAGCGCAGCCCGCCGCCGCGGUUCCAGAGCCCACCCUGCCCUCGCCCGUGCCCGACCCGCGGUGAUGGAGCCGGCCACCGCGCUGCCCCCGGGCCCGCGCCCGGCGCUGCCCCUCGGGGGCCCGGGCCCGCUGGGCGAGUUCCUGCCUCCCCCCGAGUGCCCAGUCUUCGAGCCCAGCUGGGAAGAGUUCGCGGACCCCUUCGCUUUCAUCCACAAGAUCCGGCCCAUAGCCGAGCAGACUGGGAUCUGUAAGGUGCGGCCGCCGCCGGUGAGUCACGCCGGCACCCCGGAUCCUGCUCGCGGCUGGGGGAGGGAGGAUUGGCAGCCACCAUUUGCAUGUGAUGUUGACAAACUUCAUUUUACCCCACGUAUCCAGAGGCUGAAUGAAUUGGAGGCUCAAACUCGAGUAAAACUGAAUUUCUUGGACCAGAUUGCAAAGUACUGGGAGUUACAGGGAAGCACUCUGAAAAUUCCACAUGUGGAAAGGAAGAUCUUGGACUUGUUUCAGCUCAAUAAGUUAGUUGCAGAAGAAGGUGGAUUUGCAGUUGUUUGCAAGGAUAGAAAAUGGACCAAAAUUGCCACCAAGAUGGGAUUUGCUCCUGGCAAAGCUGUGGGCUCCCAUAUCAGAGGGCAUUAUGAGCGAAUCCUCAACCCCUACAACUUAUUCCUGUCAGGAGACAGUUUGAGAUGUCUGCAGAAGCCAAACCUGAGCACAGACACAAAGGACAAGGAGUACAAACCCCAUGAUAUUCCCCAGAGGCAGUCUGUGCAGCCCUCAGAAACAUGCCCCCCAGCCCGACGAGCAAAACGCAUGAGAGCGGAGGCCAUGAAUAUUAAAAUAGAACCAGAAGAGACAGCAGAAGCCAGAACUCAUAACCUGAGACGACGAAUGGGUUGUCCAACUCCAAAAUGUGAAACUGAGAGAGAAAUGAAAAGCAUCGUCAAGCAAGAACCCAUUGAGAAGAAAGAGUACAUUGUAGAAAGCGAGAAGGAAAAACCCAAGAGCCGAUCUAAAAAAACCACCAAUGCUGUGGAUUUGUAUGUCUGCCUCUUAUGUGGCAGUGGCAAUGAUGAAGACCGGCUUCUUUUGUGUGAUGGGUGUGAUGACAGUUAUCACACCUUUUGCUUGAUCCCACCUCUCCAUGAUGUUCCCAAGGGAGACUGGAGGUGUCCUAAGUGUUUGGCCCAGGAGUGUAGUAAGCCACAAGAGGCAUUUGGCUUUGAACAAGCAGCCAGGGACUAUACCCUCCGUACUUUUGGGGAAAUGGCAGAUGCGUUCAAAUCUGAUUAUUUCAACAUGCCAGUCCAUAUGGUUCCCACAGAACUGGUUGAGAAAGAAUUUUGGCGACUGGUAAGCACUAUUGAAGAGGAUGUCACAGUAGAAUAUGGAGCCGAUAUUGCCUCAAAAGAAUUUGGCAGUGGCUUCCCUGUCCGAGAUGGGAAAAUCAAACUUUCACCUGAAGAGGAGGAAUAUCUUGAUAGUGGCUGGAAUUUGAACAAUAUGCCAGUGAUGGAACAGUCUGUCCUUGCUCACAUUACCGCUGAUAUAUGUGGCAUGAAACUUCCUUGGUUAUAUGUAGGAAUGUGCUUUUCUUCAUUCUGUUGGCAUAUUGAAGACCACUGGAGCUAUUCGAUUAACUACCUGCACUGGGGUGAGCCAAAAACCUGGUAUGGAGUCCCAGGGUAUGCUGCCGAGCAGCUAGAAAAUGUAAUGAAGAAACUAGCUCCAGAGCUCUUUGUGUCCCAGCCAGAUCUUCUCCAUCAGCUUGUGACCAUCAUGAACCCCAAUACCCUGAUGACUCAUGAAGUGCCUGUUUACCGAACUAAUCAGUGUGCUGGGGAGUUUGUGAUUACGUUUCCAAGAGCCUACCACAGUGGUUUUAAUCAAGGUUUUAAUUUUGCUGAGGCUGUUAACUUCUGCACUGUUGAUUGGCUGCCAUUAGGCCGACAGUGUGUGGAGCAUUAUCGUUUGCUUCACCGCUAUUGUGUAUUUUCCCACGAUGAGAUGAUUUGCAAGAUGGCUUCCAAGGCUGAUGUACUAGAUGUCGUAGUGGCCUCAACUGUUCAGAAAGACAUGGCCAUUAUGAUUGAGGAUGAGAAAGCUUUAAGAGAAACUGUCCGUAAAUUGGGAGUAAUUGAUUCAGAAAGAAUGGAUUUUGAGCUGUUGCCAGAUGAUGAGCGUCAGUGUAUAAAAUGCAAAACGACAUGCUUCAUGUCUGCCAUCUCGUGUUCUUGUAAACCUGGCCUGCUUGUUUGCCUGCAUCAUGUGAAAGAAUUGUGUUCCUGUCCCCCUUAUAAAUAUAAACUGAGGUAUAGAUACACUCUGGAUGAUCUCUACCCCAUGAUGAAUGCAUUGAAGCUUCGAGCAGAAUCUUACAACGAAUGGGCCCUGAAUGUGAAUGAAGCUUUGGAGGCAAAGAUUAACAAAAAGAAAAGCCUUGUGAGCUUUAAGGCUUUAAUUGAGGAAUCGGAAAUGAAGAAAUUCCCAGACAAUGAUCUUUUGCGCCACCUUCGCUUAGUCACACAGGACGCGGAGAAGUGUGCUUCUGUUGCUCAGCAGCUGCUUAAUGGCAAAAGGCAAACUAGAUACCGAUCUGGUGGAGGAAAAUCCCAAAAUCAAUUGACAGUGAAUGAACUCAGACAGUUUGUGACACAACUGUAUGCUCUUCCAUGUGUCCUCAGUCAAACGCCUUUGCUAAAGGAUCUCUUGAAUCGUGUAGAAGAUUUCCAACAGCAUAGCCAGAAAUUGCUUUCUGAGGAGAUGCCCAGUGCUGCUGAGCUGCAAGACUUGCUAGAUGUCAGCUUUGAAUUUGAUGUUGAACUUCCACAGCUUGCUGAGAUGCGUGUCCGUCUGGAGCAGGCCCGCUGGCUAGAAGAGGUGCAACAAGCUUGCCUAGACCCCAGCUCCCUUACACUAGAUGAUAUGAGACGUCUCAUAGACCUAGGGGUGGGUCUAGCCCCAUAUUCAGCAGUGGAGAAAGCAAUGGCCCGGCUCCAGGAGCUGCUUACGGUGUCAGAGCACUGGGAUGACAAAGCCAAGAGUCUUCUCAAGGCCAGACCUCGGCAUUCAUUGACUAGCCUUGCUACGGCAGUUAAGGAGAUUGAGGAGAUCCCUGCUUAUCUGCCAAAUGGUGCGGCUCUGAAAGACUCAGUGCAGAGAGCCAGGGACUGGCUUCAGGAUGUAGAGGCCCUGCAGGUUGGAGGACGUGUGCCAGUGUUAGACACACUCAUAGAACUUGUUACACGAGGCCGAUCUAUCCCGGUACAUCUGAAUUCUUUACCAAGACUGGAAUUACUAGUAGCUGAGGUUCAGGCUUGGAAAGAAUGUGCUGCUAAUACAUUCUUGACUGAGAAUUCUCCAUAUUCUCUUUUAGAGGUGCUGUGUCCUCGAUGUGACAUUGGCCUUUUGGGAUUGAAGAGGAAGCAGAGAAAGUUAAAGGAGCCCUUGCCAAGUGGAAAGAAGAAAAGCACCAAAUUAGAGAGUCUGAGUGACCUGGAGAGAGCUUUAACUGAAAGCAAAGAGACUGCUUCGGCUAUGGCAACACUUGGGGAAGCUCGCCUAAGGGAAAUGGAAGCCUUGCAGUCUCUCAGACUAGCCAAUGAAGGGAAGUUGCUGUCACCUGUCCAAGAUGUGGAGCUGAAAGUCUGCCUGUGUCAGAAGGCCCCAGCUGCCCCUAUGAUCCAAUGUGAACUCUGCAGGGAUGCCUUCCACACUAGCUGUGUGGCAGUACCCAGUAUUUCGCAAAGCCCCCGAAUCUGGCUUUGUCCCCAUUGUCGGAGGUCAGAGAAACCUCCAUUAGAGAAAAUUCUGCCCCUGCUGGCCUCCCUGCAGCGUAUCCGAGUUCGCCUUCCCGAGGGAGAUGCACUUCGGUAUAUGAUCGAAAGAACCGUGAACUGGCAACACAGAGCCCAGCAACUGCUUUCAUCAGGGAAUCUCAAAUUUGUGCAAGAUCGAGUGGGCUCAGGACUGUUGUAUAGCAGAUGGCAAGCUUCAGCGGGACAAGUGUCAGAGACCAGCAAGGGAUCUCAACCCACUGGCACAACAUCCUUUUCCUUGCCUGAUGACUGGGACAACAGAACCUCAUAUUUACACUCUCCCUUCUCUACUGGACGAAGUUGUAUCCCCCUCCAUGGUGUUAGCCCAGAAGUGAAUGAGCUGUUGAUGGAAGCUCAGCUGCUCCAGGUAUCCCUUCCUGAAAUUCAGGAACUUUACCAGACUUUACUUGCAAAGCCGACCCCUGCUCAGCAAACUGACCGGAGCUCACCAGCUAGACCCAGCGGUGAGAAGAAUGACUGCUGCCGUGGGAAACGAGAUGGAAUCAACAGUCUUGAGAGAAAACUGAAGAGACGCCUGGAAAGAGAAGGCCUCUCCAGUGAUCGGUGGGAUCGAGUUAAAAACAUGCGGACCCCCAAAAAGAAGAAAAUCAAACUGAGCCACUCCAAGGACAUGAACAAUUUCAAGUUAGAGAGGGAGCGUAGCUAUGAAUUAGUCCGUUCUGCCGAAACUCAUUCCCUGCCCUCAGACACAUCCUAUUCUGAACAGGAGGACUCUGAGGAUGAAGAUGCCAUCUGCCCAGCUGUGAGCUGCCUGCAGCCAGAAGGAGAUGAGGUGGACUGGGUCCAGUGUGAUGGCAGCUGCAAUCAGUGGUUUCAUCAGGUCUGUGUUGGUGUUUCUCCAGAGAUGGCAGAGAAAGAAGACUACAUCUGUGUGCGCUGUACUGUGAAGGACGCACCAAGCCGAAAAUAAAACACACACACACCCACACGCGCACACACACACACAGACACACACAGACACACACACACAAACACAAAACACCCCCCCGCCCCCAACCACUUAACGUAAUUCAGGACUCCAACCAAGAAGAUUUCUUCAAUUUCUCAGCAAAGCUACAGGACUGGUAUUCAAACCAGCCUGUAAACGGUGCUAUUUCUAUUCCUUACGGGAUCAUUUUUCCAGAACUCUUUGAAAAAAAGAAAAAAACAACUAAAAAAAUUUUUGACACUUUUUGUAUUUUUUUCCUUAAGAGCUGUUUGUGGUUGUUGAGGUUUGAAAUGCUGACUGUUUUUUUGCAGGGGUUUCCACCAAUUUGGAAGGCAUUAGAGCUUGCACCUUUUCAUGUACAGCAUUAAAAUCUUACCUCUGUCUGGGAUUUACCGGCUUAAGAGUCCAACUCAGUUUCAGUGCCCAGAAGGGCACCAGAAAUUCCAGUAAAUCCUCAUUUGAGGAAUUUCUCUCUUGUUUACUCUGUUACCAUAUUGGGGAACUUAAGUUUUUCACUUUUGGGGUUUUCUGUUUGUUUCUUUAUCCACUUUUCUUUUUCCUGGUAGACUAGGUUUAUUUAUCUAAGCAAUAACUUCUAUGUUGGUUUCAGUGGCUGGAAUUAAAACAAAACAAAACAAACUUCCAAACAGUGUGUUGGUGCUUUAGCAUUUGGUUGAUGUACAGAACACGAAUGUCUAGUUUCUAGUGUCACUGAUGAACUAGUGAUGUAGAAAAGAGACUGCUCUGUAAGUCAUUGCCACAGCUGUAUUUUGGCUUUCUCCCUGCCCCUUCGUUCCUCUCCUUAUUUUUUUGGUAGCUUGUAUCAAAUGUUGCAGUUUAUAUUGUGGAAUAAAUCCUUGGUCCUAAUUUAA